GUGCAUUUUUCCCUACCUGAAAAAAGAAACAGGUAGUUACAGUUAUUAAAGAGCGUCCCUCUUAACUCACACAUUUUUAUUCAUGUGUAUGGAUUAGAAGAAAAACGAAAAAAGAGGGAUUUAAGAAAAAUAUUUUUAUUGGUCCCGUUUUUUUUUUGUUCAUUGCAUCACCAACAAAAUAACAUAGAAAAAUUGGAAGAAAAAAAAAUCAUCUCUAAGGAUUCCACCAGGAUCACAAAAUCGGACGAUAGGAAAAAAAAAAAUAACAAACUCAACUCAAUGGAUACUUCAAAAUUUAUUUUUAUCGGUCUUACGAUCAUCACUUCAUUAACUCAAGCAGACGAGUCCUUAGAUACACGAGAAGGUGCUGAUUUAACGUUAAAAUGUCGCUUCACUGAACAUUAUGAAUCGAAUAAUUUCUCAUUUUAUUGGGCGCGAUGGACAGCGAAUCCGGUGCAAUUUGAUAAUGUGGCUAUUGGUGAUGUUCCAUUGAAUUCACAAUACAGAUUGGAUUUUCGUCCUGAAAGAGGAAUCUACGAUUUGCAAAUUAGAAAUGCUUCCUAUAAUCAAGACAAUGGACGAUUUGAGUGCCGCAUUAAAGCUAAAGGCACUGGCGCUGAUGUACAUCGGGAAUUUUAUAAUUUAACUGUCCUGACACCGCCACAUCCACCAAUGGUGUCGCCAGGUAACAAUGCUGUUGCCACCGAAGAUAAGCCAGUGGAAUUGACAUGUAGCAGCAUUGGAGGAUCACCGGAUCCAACGAUAACAUGGUAUCGUGAUGGAAGUACAGUACCAUUGCAAGCACCCUUACAAAAGGGUGGCUCCAAAGAUUUUCAAACUAACGCAACACUAUCGAUUGUGCCGCGUCGUGAUGAUGACGGUGCCAAGUACAAAUGCGUUGUUUGGAAUCGUGCCAUGCCAGAGGGACAACGUCUGGAGACAAAUGUUGUUUUGAAUGUUAACUACUACCCACGUGUUGAAGUUGGACCUGAAAACCCGUUGCGCAUCGAACGUGAUCGCACAGCAAAGCUUGAAUGUAAUGUCGAUGCCAAACCAAAGGUGCCUAAUGUCCGAUGGACACGUAAUGGACGUUUCAUUAGUUCAUCAAUGGUCCACACCAUUCACAGGGUAUCGUUACAAGAUGGCGGAAAAUAUACCUGCUCUGCUGACAAUGGCCUGGGAAAGGCUGGCGAACAGGAAAUAAUAUUGGACAUUCUUUAUCCACCAGUUGUGGUGAUUGAAUCAAAGACAAGAGAAGCUGAAGAAGGCGAAACUGUGAAUAUUCGCUGCAAUGUUACGGCGAAUCCAACACCAAUCACAGUUGAAUGGUUGAAAGAGGGCGCUCCUGAGUUUCGUUACUCUGGAGAUGUACUGACUUUGAGCAGUGUUCGAGCGGAACAUGCUGGCAACUAUAUCUGCCGGGCGGUAAAUGUGAUGGCUCCAUAUAACAGCAAACGGAUAGAGCGAAUUGGAAACUCCACAGUUGCUCUAUUAGUUCGCCACAGACCCGGACAGGCCUUCAUCAUUCCCAACAAGCCAAUAGUCCAUGUCGGCAAUGGAGUGACUCUCAGUUGUUCGGCGAACCCACCAGGCUGGCCAGUUCCACAAUAUCGCUGGUUUCGUGACAUUGACGGCGAAUUCACAAACACGCAGAAAAUUCUCGCCCAAGGUCCCCAAUACUCCAUCCCCAAAGCCCAUCUCGGCAACGAGGGUAAAUACCACUGUCAUGCUGUCAACGAAUUGGGUAUCGGUAAAAUGGCCACAAUUGUCCUUGAAAUCCAUCAGCCCCCACAAUUCCUGGCCAAACUUCAGCAACACAUGACUCGCCGCGUCGGUGAUUCCGAUUACACAGUAACCUGCAGUGCAAAGGGCAAACCAGCACCCACAAUCCGAUGGCUAAAAGACGGAGGUGAAAUCCUCCCCGAACUAAGCCUCUAUGAGGUGAAAACAAAUCCCGAAGAGGGACCCAAUGGCAUGGUAACCGUCCAGAGUAUGCUAAAAUUCCGUGGCAAAGCCCGACCGCAGGGUGACCAACUAGUACCCGGCGACCGUGGUCUCUACACAUGUUUGUACGAAAACGAAGUGAACACUGCCAACUCAAGUAUGCAUCUGCGAAUUGAACACGAACCCAUUGUACUGCAUCAGUACAACAAAGUCGCCUUCGACAUUCGAGAAACCGCAGAGGUGGUCUGCAAAGUUCAAGCAUAUCCCAAACCCGAAUUCCAAUGGCAAUUCGGUAAUAAUCCCUCCCCGCUGACCAUGUCCUCAGAUGGUCACUAUGAAAUUAACACUACCACCGACAACAACGACAUCUACACGUCAGUUUUGCGAAUUAACCAAUUGUCUCAUGCCGACUACGGCGAAUACACAUGUAGGGUGGCUAAUUCCCUCGACACAAUUCGUGCCCCGAUACGAUUGCAGCAAAAAGGUGCCCCUGAGAAGCCGAUUAAUUUGAAGGCCAUCGAUGUUGGUCACAAUUUUGUGACACUCUCUUGGGAUCCGGGCUUCGAUGGCGGUCUGAGUAAUACAAAAUUCUUUGUCAGCUAUCGUCGUGUUGCAAUGCCACGUGAAGAACAAAUGAUACCCGAUUGUGCAACGUUGGCAACAAGCAAUACAGAAUGGUCGGAAUUCGAUUGCCAUCGGGAUAACCCGUGCAAAGUGACACCGCUGGACCAGCAUCAGAGCUAUGCUUUUAAGGUGAAUGCUCUAAACACCAAAGGUAGUUCGACAUACUCGAAUGAGAUAAUGACCACGACAAAGGUGAGCAAAAUUCCGCCACCCUUACAAGUGACGUUUGAUCCGAAUUCGAGGACAUUGGCUAUAAAUGUGGGUGCCACGUGUUUGUCGCUGAUUGCUAUUGUGGAAUCGCUUGUAAAUAGUGAUACACCGAUGGCGGCGUGGGAGAUUGUCGAUACUGUAACGUUGCAAUUGAGUGGGAAUGGGCCAACACACAAGGAGGCUGUUAUCGAUCAUUUGAUUGCGCCGCGAAGGAGCAGUAGUGGCAGGUCGCUGGGGCAUGAUGAGGAUAUUACAAUGGCGCUGGAAGAUGAGAAUAGUCCGACGGUGAGGGUGAAAUUGUGUUUGCGGUCGAAUCAUGAGCAUUGCGGGGAGUAUACUGAUGCGGAAAUUGGUCAAACCUACAUUGCUGAAGCAUCAUCUUUAGCAACACCAACCUUAAUAGCGAUUAUCGUCUCAUGCAUAGUAUUUGCGUUAUUUGUUGGACUUUUGUUAAUGUUCUGUCGCUGCAAGCGCAAUCAAUCGAAAAAGAGUGCUGCCGCCAAGGAUUAUGAAAUGGACUCGGUGCGACCAUCAAUCGUAGCCCAACAAAAUCAGGCACCACCACCCUAUUAUCCAGCUAGUGGAUUGGAUAACAAAGCACUGGAGCAUUCUAUGGAUUUGGCAUUAAGCCUCGAGGAUCAAAAGAGUGCUGUGUAUGCAACACAAAAUGGUUAUGGUUACCAUACGAACAGUGGUCUUCAAGUGCCAGGACACACAAUACCUGGAAAUGAAUGGGUUAAUAUGGGCUAUAUUGAAAAUAGCUAUUCAAAUUCAAAUAAUGGUGGCAGUGUUAAUUCACAGGAUUCACUGUGGCAAGUUAAAAUGUCAGCAGCGGCACAAAAUCAAACACAAAUGGUACCAUCGCAUAAUUUUGUUGAGCGACAACCAUCAUAUGGUUAUGAUCCAUUAACACAUGGCGGUUAUGGUGCUGUAGAUGAUUAUGCACCAUAUCCACAUUUGACAACAACACCUAGCCAACAUGGCGAUGAGUAUCAUAAUUUGAGAAAUAGCCAGAAUCCAUCCAGACAAGACUAUUGCAGUGAUCCGUAUGCAUCGGUGCAAAAACCAAAGAAGAGAGUCGAUCAGCAUUUAGAUUCACCAUAUCAUGACGUAAGCGGUCUACCCAAUCCAUACAUGGAACACAUGGAACAAGAAGAUGCGAAACCACCACAACAACACAUGUCCCUUAGUUAUGAUGAAAGUCUAGAAAGUGGCUAUUCGACACCUAAUUCUAGAAAUCGUCGUGUCAUUCGGGAGAUAAUAGUCUGAUUCGAGAAGGAGUGUGCCAAAAUUUUUAAAAACAAAAUACAAAAAAUUAAUAAUAAAAAAAAAAAAAACAUACACAAAAUAAAAUCGAAGAAUGAAGAAAAGAGGGCAA